UUCCUCCUUUCCUAUCGAAACACUGGUUUUAAUAAAACUUUUGGCUACAAGCUGUAUUAUUUUCCUUGACCUCGUGACCUUGACAUGCGGUAUAAAUAUGACAUCCUCGCUGAGAAAUGUUCUGCAAUAUCUUGGACAAAAAGGUUUCAGACAAAGAAUUAGUUGGACAUCAAACCCACAUGUACCUGGAUCUGUUGGCCUAUUCCGUCAUUACUCGAAGGACACUAAGAAAGUAAAACGGAAGAAAGGAAGAACCCCAUCAGGAAAACUGGAUGCUCCCUGGGAGACGCCAGUGGAAGAAGUCAACCCAGCAGUGGAGAAAGAACCCCUGGAACGAUUUCCAAAUAACAAAAACCCCAUCACGGGGGAGAUAGGAGGGCCGCGGGGACCAGAACCCACUCGAUACGGAGACUGGGAACGAAAGGGAAGAGUGACCGAUUUCUGAUGGUUGUGUUUAACCAGUGGAUACGACAGACCAUAAAAUAAAGUUUUACAGUAAAGGAAGUAAAUUUCAUUAAGGAAUCUCAGUACUUAUAAUAAAUUAUGGGAUCUAAACUGAAAGAAAGGUUCAUGGCAGUGAAAAUAUAUUUUAUCCCGCAACCACUGUUUCUACUGACAGAUAAAGCAAAGUCAUAUACCUAUAGUAGCAGGAUACAAGUUUUGACAUCACGCAUGCGAUGUCACACGCAUAGCUAAUUACAAAAUCGCUUAUUUGACCUCUAGGUUAUCAUACAAUGUGGCUGAAAUAACAGAAAUAAUAACUUUUUCCCUUAAUGCUAUGGUCUGCAGGAUAAAGAUAAUAACUAGUUAAUGAUGUAGGAUAUCGGCGUUAUCCUGUUCAGGCUGAAUGAGAAAUUCCGCUCGGCAAGCCUUGCGGAAUAUUCCAUUCUUACCUUCACAGGAUAAAGCCAAUAUCCUACAUCAUUAACUAGUUAUUAUCUUUAUAUACUGAUGGAAAGAAAUUAGGGAACACAACAUUGAUUUUAGAUCAUAUUUAAUUCAUUACUAGCAUAGUUAUGUCUGUAUAAAAUACAAAGAUAUGAUGUUGGAUUAAAAUAUCACUGAUACAGGUUUGAAUGUCAGUAACAUGGUUAACUUCCCAACUCUAUGAAUGAGACGGGGCAGGAUGUAGCCCAGUGGUAAAGCACACACACGAUGUGCGGUCGGUCUGGGAUCGAUCUCCGUUGGUGGGCCCAUUGGGAUAUUUCUUGUUCCAGCCAGUGUACAAUGACUAGCAUAUCAAAG